AUGGGAGGAAGCAACCUGCAAAAUGCGGCUCGUAAACGUACCACGCACGGUCCGGUCCCAGGAACCAAGGUCGCGUGGAAGACACCGAUGGACAGGGAGAUGUUCAGAGGGAAACCAGAGGGAAGCUCGGAAGCGAAAACGGUCAAUCCUGGAAGCGACAACCAGAGCAAACCUGUACAGAAGUAUAAUACUUUCAUUGUCGAGUACACACAGGAACAGGAGAGGCUACGGCAGAAAUUACUUGCUGUGGUGCCCCGAAUGACGACUGGGCGACAAGUGAAACGGAAGUGGACUCCCCAUGUACGUGUUUUGCAUGGAGUACGGUAG